AAUGUCUUGUUUUCAUGUAAUUGUAUUCAUAUACCGUACAGUACCUGUCGAAGGUUUGGACACACCUACUCAUUCCAGGGUUUUCCUUUAUUUUUUACUAUUUUCUACAUUGUAGAAUAAUAGUGAAGGCAUCAAAACUAUGAAAUAAUGCAUAUGGAAUCAUAUAGUAACCAAAAUAGUGUUAAAUAAAUUGAAAUAUAUGUUCUAUUUUUUAUUCUUGAAAGUAGCCACCCUUUGCCUUGAUGACAGCUUUGCACACUCUUGGCAUUCUCUCAACCAGCUACACCUGGAAUGCUUUUCCAACCUAUGCUGAUAUCUUGUAUGUAGCUCAUUUAUUUACAUUCCAAAUAUACUAUUGCAAUCUUAUACACCCCCAUUGUAAGCUAGUUUGAUCAAUUAAAUUGAUUGUAUAGACUGAUCGGCAUUGGUUUCUAGUGUGAUCGCAUCUAUUUUUAAAGGUAACUCAAAGUUCCUGUUUGCAGAGAAGAUAGACAUUGCUUAGCCAAUCAGCUGUUGUUCUGAGUCUUUUCUUCUCAGAUUGCUCAAUGCAGGAAGUUAUUCUGAAACCACAAUACUGCUUCCUCUUUAUAAACAGUUCUAAAAGAAGAACCAUAAGCAUUUCGUUUUUCUGUUUCCAGCGUGUGACACUUUGGGAAAACUGCUAAAUCGAUCAUUGUCUUUGUUUGGUAGGUCUGCACCUCUCCAUACUGGUGGAAUGUAUCAUCUGCUGCUAAUGCUGUGCUUGGCAUUCUGGCCACGCUGCCAGCCACUGGAACAAGCAUCGCUGCGGUUUGUUGGGCUGGGGGACUGGGGAGGCAUCCCGUUAUUUCCCUACUACACCCCUCACGAGCAGGCCAUCGCUGCAGAGCUCGCCCGGACGGCACAAACUCUGGGAUUGGACUUUGUCCUCAGUCUGGGAGAUCAUUUCUACUACAAAGGAGUGAAGGACGUGAAUGAUCACCGCUUCAAGUGUACCUUUGAGGCUGUCUUCUCCCAUUCGUCGCUGGUUGACAUCCCUUGGUACUUGGUGGCAGGGAACCAUGACCACAUUAACAACGUCUCCGCUCAGAUCGCUUACUCGAGCAGAUCGAAGAGAUGGAGGUUCCCAGAGUUGUACUAUGAGCUCCAGUUCAAGGUUCCCCAGAGUAACGUGUCAGUGACCAUCCUGAUGAUUGACACAGUGGUGCUAUGUGGGAACACCUAUGAGGGGACCCAGCCCAAAGGAGAGGAAGACCUGGGGGCUUCUGCCAAGCAGUUGGACUGGAUCAACUCCAGACUGGCAAACAGCAAGUCAGAGUUCCUUGUGGUGGCUGGUCACUAUCCUGUGUUUUCCAUUGGUCAUCACGGCCCUACAAAGUGUAUCGUGCGUAGACUACGGCCUCUGCUGAAGAAGUAUAAUGUCACAGUCUACCUGAGUGGCCAUGAUCACAGCAUACAGUUUAUCAGAGAGGGUGAUGGGAGUGCCUACGUGGUCAGCGGGAGCGGGAACUUUGUAGACCUGUCCACCAAACACGUCAAGACCUUCCCGUCGUCGUGGCAACGGUUCUCCAACGCCGUCAACCUUACGUCCGGAGGAUUCGCUUACUUUGUAGUCACAGAGAACAGUAUGACCAUCAGCUACAUUCAGACUGAUGGGAAAUGUGUUUACCAAACAGCAAUGCCAAAACGCAAGGUCUGACACACACACACACACACACACACACACACACACACACACACACACACACACACACACACACACACACACACACACACACACACACACACACACACACACACACACACACACACACACACACACACACACACACACACACACACACACACACACACACACACACACACACACACACACACACACACAGGCAUCAUCAGAUAGUCAACAAUGAACUGCUAUAAGUCUAAUAUGCUGUCUGUUUUUAACCUCUUAAACUUUGACAUCGUUGACCAAACCAGGCAUAAUAUUGUAUACUACGUUUAUUUCAAGUGCAUUUCAGUUACAGAACUGUAAGUCCAACAAACACAUGCGUAGUACUGUUAGAAAGGUAGGAACUGAUAAAGGUGUCAGAAACGGGGACACCAACAGAGCCUGUGGUACAGCAGGACAAAACAACUGAAAUUCAUAUUUGUAUUAAUUCAUUUUUUUCAGGGAGUGUGUGAGAGGGGUGGGGGGGGUCCCCCAAUUGUCUCCCAAUUGUCCCCCCAAUUGUCUCCCAAAUGUUCCCCCAAUUGUCUCCCAAAUGUUCCCCCAAUUGUCCCCCAAUUGUCUCACAAUUGUCCCCCAAUUGUCCCCCAAUUGUCCCCCAAUUGUCCCCAUGUUGGUGCAUAAGAGAUUUUAAAGUUUAAAAUAAAAUACGUUGUAAAAGGAUGCCACGUUUGUUUUAUUAUUAGAUAUUUGACCUGAUGGUGGCCCUCUACACGAAUACCCAUUGGAUCACAGCCAUUUUAAAGGCGCAGCUGUUUUUGCAACUUGCCAAGCUGAAGUCUCUAUCUAUCCAUUGAUUGAAAUGUAUAUAUUCCCCCGUCUGAUACUCAGUUUGUCCCCUAGAUGGCAGUAAGAGAUCACAUGACGUCUCUUGGCCACUUGGAAACCAGUUGCGUCUGGUUUUGGGUACCAAAAUGGUUGAACGUAUUUUCAAGCCUGACAUCUUGAAAUGAAUGUAGCAAUCAGUCCUUUCAUGUUAUAUAGUUUAAUUUAUUGAAGUAAAACACAGACAGAUGAGGAAACUUCAAAUGUAAACGAGUGAGCUAUCUAAAUGGAGUGUUCAAGGUCAUUUGGAAGUAAAAUGCAAUGUUUUACAAUGACCAUCGGGAUGUACCCUUUUCCCAAGCAUACUACCUGUUUGCAAUUUUGGAGACUUGACCUACAUUGCAUACAUUGCAUAUGAAUUUGACCAUAGUGUAUUAUUUAUGGCUUUUACUCUUACGUAUUUGCCUAACUGUUUCGGUAUACAUAUAUAUUAAAUCUCAAGACAAUACUAUUUACUGAUCACUCAAACCUCUGAACCAGGGGUCCUCAACUGGCGGCACGCGGGCUGAAUUUGGCCUGCGGGUGUUUUUUCUGAGCAAAAUAAC